GCCCCCCAUAGUUCAAAGUAAAGUAUGAAUGUCAGUGUUGCUGGACUGUGAGGAGAUGUCCCGUUGUCCUCUUUGAAUAUGAGGUCCGAAUCAACACUGGGUCAUCAGAGAUGCUGAGCCAAAAAAUCAAGGAUUUGCAAGCUCCUGAUUAAAAACGAAAUUAAUUAUUUUUGUUGGUCAAUCCCAAAGGUUUAAUUUAGGAAUAUUUCUGCUGAAUAAACCUGUCAACAUAUUUCAGUUCACCUGUUUCAACCGUCUCAAUGGCGUUUUUAAUUAAAAAGAAGAGGUUCAAGUUUCAAAUCCAUUUUACAUUGGAGGAGCUCACGGCCGUGCCGUUUGUCAAUGGGGUACUUUUUUGCAAGAUCCGAUUGUUGGACGGUGGGGACUUUGCGGUCUCAUCAUCCAGGGAGGAGGUCCAACAGAACUGUGUUCGUUGGAAGAAGAAGUUCUCCUUCAUCUGUAAGAUGAGUGCCAGUCCCACCACUGGAGUCCUGGACCCUUGCAUCUGCAGGGUCUCUGUACGCAAGGAGCUCAAAGGAGGAAAGACGUUUUCAAAGCUGGGCUUUGCUGACCUCAACAUGGCGGAGUUUGCUGGCUCAGGCUCCACUGUGCGCUGCUGUAUCCUCGAGGGUUACGACACCAAGAACACUAGACAGGACAACUCCAUUCUCAAGGUUACUAUUGGAAUUACACUUUUGUCGGGGGAUCCCUGCUUCAAAACGCCCCCCAGCACGGCCAAGUCCAUCUCGAUCCCGGGCCAGGACCCCUCCCUGCAGCUGGACUGUAAAGGCGAGGGCACCGAUGCCAACUCUAACCCUCCCCCAGGGGGCGUUAUCAGGACAUCAUCAGGACGGCCCCUCAAACCCAGACUCCCCUCAGCUCCCCUCAACUCUGGUCUACCCGAGCAGUUGGAGCAGAGCCUGUCCAGCCCAGAUGAGGUCUUCCACAUAGGACACUCCCGGAACUCCAGCUAUGCCAGCCAGCAGAGCAAGAUAUCAGGGUACAGCACAGAGCACUCUCGCUCCUCCAGCCUAACAGACCUCACACACCGCCGUAAUGCUUCCACCAGUAGUAGCACCUCCGGGGGCCUGGCCACCCCCACCCAGACCCCCCACGCCCUCACCCACCUCCACCCCCUUGCAGCAGACCCCCAGACAACCGGAGAGCCGGGCACCAAGUGUGAGAGACCCCCACGGCCCCCACGGCCCAUCCUGCUCUCCAACAGACCCUCCAGGAGGAAGAAGGACACGGUUGAGAGUCACCCCACUUGGGUGGAUGACACGCGUAUCGAUGCCGACGACAUCGUGGACAAGAUUAUCCAGAGCCAGAACUUUUCCGAUGUCAGCAACCAUGAAGAAGACAGCAACCUCAGAUUGUUUGUCAGAAAAGAUGGGACUACAGCCCUAAGUGGGUUACAACUGGAGAACAGGGUGACUGCUGGCAUCUUUGAGCCUGUGGUGAUCGAGAGCCAUUAGCGAUGAGUGUGUGUGUGUUCACACAAAUGCACAUACGCCUGUCUUUUGAGUUACACUACUUCAACGAACACCACUAAACAACAGAUGUAACCCUUUAAUCAGAUAUUUAAUCAGAUAUUUACGGUGAUGGUGGUGGGAGGUGUAACUUCUGAAUAAUCCAUUCAUGUAUAAAAGCUUUUAUAUCAAUGCUUUCAUCUGGGGGACCGUAGGUGUAAAGUGUGCAAACUACUUGAUAUAGAGAGAAAUGGGAAACCAUUGCAUCGUGGGAGUUGUAGUGAAACACUGAAAAUCAGGAAAAAGCUAACCACACAGGUUGCGUUGGAGGCAAAUGUGGCUGCCUCAAAAAGUUGGAACGUUAUGGUUUACCCUGUGUGUAUCAUUUUUGAACAAUGUGCACUACACUGUGUUAUGUUUGUGUAUGAUAAUGGUUGGGGAUCAUUUAGUUAUUGAAAUAACAAAUAUCAAUUCAAAUGAGGGGAGAUUGAUAAAGUAAAGAAAGACUUGGUUACAAACUACUACAUUGAGAAAUUGAACAGGCCAUUUGAACUAGGCUUGAAUGGGUGGUUUUCAAUGUGAAAUGUUCUAUAUUUGAUGACCCCUUGCAAUCGCCCGAUUUCAGAAACCGUACUAGACCUGGGGUCAAAGUUACUGUAUAGCCCAAAGAACCCAUGUUAUAGAAUUAUAUAUAUUAUAGAAUUAUAUAGAUAUAUAUAUUAUAGAAUAUAUUAUAAGUUAUAGAAUGUUUUAGAAUAUAGGCUUAUAUGUAAUGUGAUCAUAGAUCAUGUUGAAAUACGGACCUCAGAAAGAGAAAGGCGUGCCCAUAUGGCUGGCCAUAUGCAACUGUACAUACUGCAUGGUCAGUGAUUCAUCGAUUACUGUAGUCUAGGUAAAUGCAGGCAGGAUUGGUAAUCGAUUACUGUAGUCUAGAUAAAAGCAGGCAGGAUUGGUAGUCGAUUACUCUAGUCUAGGUAAACGCAGGCAGGAUUGGUAAUCGAUUACUGUAGUCUAGGUAAAUUCAGGCAGGAUUGGUAAUCAAUUACUGUAGUCUAGGUAAACGCAGGCAGGAUUGGUAAUCGAUUACUGUAGUCUAGGUAAAUGCAGGCAGGAUUGGUAAUCGAUUACUGUAGUCUAGAUAAAAGCAGGCAGGAUUGGUAGUCGAUUACUCUAGUCUAGGUAAACGCAGGCAGGAUUGGUAAUCGAUUACUGUAGUCUAGGUAAAUGCAGGCAGGAUUGGUAAUCGAUUACUGUAGUCUAGGCAAAUGCAGGCAGGAUUGGUAAUCGAUUACUGUAGUCUAGGUAAAUUCAGGCAGGAUUGGUAAUCGAUUACUGUAGUCUAGGUAAAUGCAGGCAGGAUUGGUAAUCGAUUACUGUAGUCUAGUUAAAUGCAGGCAGGAUUGGUAAUCGAUUACUGUAGUCUAGAUAAAUGCAGGCAGGAUUGGUAGUCGAUUACUCUAGUCUAGGUAAACGCAGGCAGGAUUGGUAGUCGAUUACUCUAGUCUAGGUAAACGCAGGCAGGAUUGGUAAUCGUUUACUGUAGUCUAGGUAAACGCAGGCAGGAUUGGUAAUCGAUUACUGUAGUCUAGGUAAAUGCAGGCAGGAUUGGUAAUCGAUUACUUUAGUCUAGGUAAACGCAGGCAGGAUUGGUAAUCGAUUACUGUAGUCUAGGUAAAUGCAGGCAGGAUUGGUAAUCGAUUACUGUAGUCUAGGUAAAUGCAGGCAGGAUUGGUAAUCGAUUACUGUAGUCUAGAUAAAAGCAGGCAGGAUUGGUAGUCGAUUACUCUAGUCUAGGUAAACGCAGGCAGGAUUGGUGAUCGAUUACUGUAGUCUAGGUAAACGCAGGCAGGAUUGGUAAUCAAUUACUGUAGUCUAGGUAAACGCAGGCAGGAUUGGUAAUCGAUUAUUGUAGUCUAGGUAAACGCAGGCAGGAUUGGUAAUCGAUUACUGUAGUUUAGGUAAAAGCAGGAAGGAUUGGUAAUCGAUUACUGUAGUCUAGAUAAAUGCAGGCAGGAUUGGUAAUCAAUUACUGUUGUCUAGGUAAAUGCGGGCAGGAUUGGUAAUCGAUUACUGUAGUCAAGGUAAAUUCAGGCAGGAUUGGUAAUCGAUUACUGUAGUCUAGGUAAAUUCAGGCAGGAUUGGUAAUCGAUUACUGUAGUCUAGGUAAAUGCAGGCAGGAUUGGUAAUCGAUUACUGUAGUCUAGGUAAAUGCAGGCAGGAUUGGUAAUCGAUUACUGUAGUCUAGGUAAAUGCAGGCAGGAUUGGUAAUCGAUUACUGUAGUCUAGGUAAAUGCAGGCAGGAUUGGUAAUCGAUUACUGUAGUCUAGGUAAAUGCAGGCAGGAUUGGUAAUCGAUUACAGUAGUCUAAGCCCUUGGUCCUCUCCUCCCCUGGGUCUUUUACAUAGUCUUCUUUACUUCCGUAAAGUGAGACACUAUCCUCAUGCUCACCAGCUGGCUGGUGACUAUACAGUAAGUGGACAAGUUGGAAAAUCAAGAGUAUCAGACUAAACGGUUUCUGUAUUUUUUGUCUAAAAGAAGAGGGGAAUUUCUUUCUUUGUUGACAAUCUUCCUUCCGUCUGACUGUCGCUCAUUUGUCCUGUAUGUCAGACCCAAUUAUUUUGUGUCACCAUGCCCAUGACAUCCCUCCCUGUUGUCAAGGACUGGAGUUGUCAAUUAAACUCAAUACAUCUUCUUGAGCUGCAAGAAAGCCCUUUUGGAUUUGUGUUCUCAACAAUCCAAUGUUUACAGUGUUAUGCAAAAGGAGACCGCAUAUUAUUUCAAAUGUGUUUCCCAAAACCUGGUCACUGAUUUUGAUUGAGUGGGGGCCCAUAAGUGGUUAGGUUACUGAAGUGGGUUACUAAAGUUGGCUGGCUAACUUAUUAAUCCUUCUUUUUGAAAUACCUUCUAUAUGGGCUAGAACUGACCAACUGUUGCCCUUCCACUAAAGCCUCAAUAUCACCAGUCGUUAUCAAGCGUAAUUAACUUACAAUUGAAUAAGGGCUCUAAUGAUACAUCUGACAGUGGUAUCUGGUCAUCUUCACCUAAUUGUCCAAGCUAUUCUAUUUCCUGGGGAGAAACGUAAUUCGCCCCCGGAUUUUGAUCCCAUUAGAAGAACAUUGCAUUGUGGGUAUGGUGUAGUCAGAGCCAAUCAGAGCUAACAAUGGAGGCUUUUGAGUAGAAACUCCCCUCUCACCCCCAAAUGACAAUGUCCUCUUGUAUGUGUGUUCGUGUGUGUUUGUGCGUAUAUCUUUUUUAGGGAUGGAGAGGGAAUGAGGAAAUGUGCGUAUGUGUGUAUGUGUGUAUGUCCACGAAUUGUGUAUGUGCGUACGAGUGUGUGUCUGUGCAUGUAUGUGUGUCCGUCCAAGUGUGUGCAUGUGCAUGUGUCUGUGCUGCAAAUGAAUGCGUGUGUGCAAGCUGAAUUGUGUAUGUGGGCUGAAUCCAAAAGAGCUUGCCACUCACCUGUCUCACGGUUCUUGACCCCUGAGUAACCUUUCAGUUGAUCUCAAAGCCCUCAGCAGGAAAAUGGACCUAAUGCGCUUUAGCCUGUUGUUUCGCCCUUAAUCUGUUCAGUUUAAAUGUCUUUCAAAGAAAAAGUGCAAUAUGGGCUUUUAUCUACACACCUGUAGCUUCAACAUAGCUUCCUAACAAGGAAAUGUUUUACAACAGACAUUGCUUGUGUCCCAAAUGGCACCCUAUUCCCUACAUAGUGGACUACUUUUGAACAGAGCCCUGUAUAGGGAAUACGGUGCCAUUUGGGACGCAAACAUUCACUGCAUACGGAGAGUUGACAUUCAGAGGCACAGAAAGUUGGGCUGAGUGUGCUGUUGCAAUGUGCUUUUUGGGGGUAUAUUUCACUCUCCAACUUGUCAUUGUACAUACUGUACUGGAUGUCAAAAAAAGGAAACAAUGAAUGCAUAAACUUCAACUUCAGUGACGUGCAUACACAUGCAUGGGGAAAUGUUAGACACAGACUUUCUUCUUAGCUUUAUUUUUAAUGUGUCAAACUGAUAUGGACCAUUCAACUCUAAUUGAGCAACUUUGAUUAUAUAAGCCCUCUGUAAGACACUGAAUCUGUGUAUUUUAACGGGAGCUUCUUUCACAACAAAAUCACUUUCUUUCUUUCACUUGGCCUCUUUCAUUAUGUUACACUGUCUGUCUCGUAGUAGUGUAGUCCCAAGCAUUUUAUUAAUGAUAAUGGUUAUAAUGGCAAACACUUGAUUAAUAUUUUACUUUUUUUUAACCAGCUGGCUGGUUUAUUCUUUCUAUGCAGCGGAGAUGUAUUGGAUAACCUAUACCUGUGCUCUACUUUGAAACAUUGAAAAAGCAAGUAUACAAAAAAAAAUAUAUACACUAAGUAGUUGUAAUAAUUGGUUAUUUCUGAUUCCCCUGCUACUGUUUUUAUAGGUACAGGAGGGCUCAUUGUAUAUUCCUUGAUUUGUUUAGGUUCUGUUUUCCUACAUACUUAACUGUUUGUAACCUGUGAUUUUUCUAACAAACGAGUGGAACCAAUAUGUUAACAUGAGGUUCUGCUGUCAUGAAUGGAGCGCUAAGGAUUUUCUCCUCAUAUUUGAAAUAUUAAUGAAUCAACACACCACAAUGGAGGGUGAGGUUUCUCUGAUACAACACAUCAUCAGAUAUUUGUCAAUGCUUUUCAACCACAAUAUCACCUCCAUUUUGUGGGUUGAAGAACUUGCUAGGUAAGAGGAUGGCAGUCAACAGACAGAUUGCUCUCUGAAAGAAAGAGUACUGUAAAUCACUUUCAUGGUUCAAUCAGAGAUUAAAAAUCACACAUUUCUUUGAAUAUCAUCAUUUUCAAACUCACAUGGGCCUUUCCUAAGGCUCGUCAGCUCAGUAGGUAGGGGAACCAGAAUUGAAUGGGGACCAGAUAUUCCUCCGUCUGAAACCUUGGCUGAUAUGAUAUUCAUGAUCACAGCACUUAGGUCUGGACAACUAACAUUUUAUCUAUUUUAAUUAUUUAUCCUUUAUUUCUUUUAUUUUUGUCAUCUUUGUAAAGGGAUUUUAAAACUAUGCACACGAGUCCAAGACUCUCCGAGAGGUCCACCCAAACUCAUGACCUUGAUUAAGAAUUAUAAUAUUAAUAAAGAUAAGAGAUUUAUAUGAAAAAUCAACAGUUAAUUAAUUUAUAUCAAUAGACAACUUUUUACAGAAUUAUUUAGAGAUGUAUUUUACACACACACACGCACACACACAGGUAUUGCUCCAAAGUUUUCUCCUCAUCUUUCAUUUUUCUCCUAAAAUGCAUUAAUUCUAUCACAUUCAGGAGGGAGGGACACUGUGACAUGAUGAAUUGGAACUAUAUUUGUACACACAUUGUAAUGUUUCCUAUUCAAGAUUGUAAAUGUCUAUUUGAACAAUUUAAAUGUCAUAUUUUGGGGAAAUAAAGCUGUUGUUGGGCAUCUG